UUGAGCUCCAUAGAGACAGUGCCGGGGCAAGCGAGAGCCGGACGGGCACUGGACGACUCUGUGCCUCGCGGACGAAAAUCAACUAAACACAGGCAAAGGAGAUCCUAAGAAGCCGAGAGGCAAAAUGUCCUCGUAUGCAUUCUUUGUGCAAACCUGCCGGGAGGAACACAAGAAGAAGCACCCGGAUGCUUCUGUCAACUUCUCAGAGUUCUCUAAGAAGUGCUCAGAAAGGUGGAAGACCAUGUCUGCUAAAGAAAAGGGGAAAUUUGAAGACAUGGCCAAGGCUGACAAGGCUCGUUAUGAAAGAGAAAUGAAAACCUACAUCCUCCCCAAAGGGGAGACCAAAAAGAAGUUCAAAGACCCCAAUGCACCCAAGAGGCCUCCUUCGGCCUUCUUCUUGUUCUGUUCUGAGUAUCACCCCAAAAUCAAAGGAGAACACCCUGGCUUAUCCAUUGGUGAUGUUGCAAAGAAACUGGGAGCGAUGUGGAACAACACUGCUGCAGAUGACAAGCAGCCCGACAAAAAGAAGGCUGCCAAGCUGAAGGAGAAGUACGAAAAGGAUAUUGCUGCUUACAGAGCUAAAGGAAAACCCCAUGCAGCGAAAAAGGGGGUGGUCAAGGCGGAAAAGAGCAAGAAAAAGAAGGAAGAGGAAGAUGAUGAGGAAGACGAAGAGGAUGAAGAGGAGGAGGAAGAAGAGGAAGACGAAGAUGAGGAAGACGAAGAUGAGGAAGAAGAUGAUGAUGAUGAAUAAGUUGGUUCUAGCGCAGUUUUUUCUUGUCUAUAAAGCAUUUAACCCCCCUGUACACAACUCACUCCUUUUAAAGAA